GCGGGGGGCGGCGAGCGCCGGCCGGAGGAUGCAGGCGGGGCGGGCGGCGGCGGGCUGCCGUUCCCGGGUCGGGCAGCUAGAGAGCAGUGCAGGGAGCGGAAUCCCGGCCGAGGAGGCCCUGCGCGGCGGCGGCCGGGCGCUGGGAGCUCCCUUCCUGUCGGGGGCGGCUCUGGGCCGGAGGCCGUGAGAGGAGCCGAGCGGCGGCGGAGGCCCGGGCCGGCUCCCCUCCGCUCCCCCGCUCCUCCUCUCCCAUGGCGGAGACUAAAAUCAUCUACCACAUAGACGAGGAGGAGACGCCGUAUCUGGUGAAGCUGCCCGUCCCGCCGGAAAAAGUCACUCUGGCCGAUUUCAAAAAUGUCCUCAGCAACCGGCCCGUGCACAGCUUCAAGUUCUUCUUCAAGUCCAUGGACCAGGAUUUCGGGGUGGUAAAGGAGGAGAUCUCAGAUGACAAUGCAAAGCUACCUUGCUUCAAUGGAAGAGUGGUGUCCUGGCUGGUCCUGGCUGAAAGCUCCCACUCUGACACAGGCUCCCAGUGCACCGAGAGCCACCCAGACCUUCCGCCACCCAUUGAGAGGACAGGAGGCAUUGGAGACUCCCGACCUCCAUCAUUCCACCCCAAUGCUGCCAGCAGCAGGGAUGGCCUGGACAAUGAAACAGGAACAGAAUCAGUCAUCAGCCACCGGCGAGACAGGCACCGGCGGAGGAACAGAGAAGGGCACGAGGAUGUCCCUCGGAUCAAUGGGCACCCAAAGCUGGACAGACACCGUGAGCACCCUCCAGGAUACGACAGCUCUUCUACCAUGAUGAGCAGUGAGCUGGAGUCCAGCAGCUUCAUCGACUCUGACGAUGACGACAACACCAGCAGGCUGAGCAGCUCCACUGAGCAGAGCACUUCAUCCCGGCUCAUCCGCAAGCACAAGCGCAGGAGGAGGAAACAAAGGAUGCGGCAGAUUGACAGGUCAUCUUCGUUCAGCAGCAUCACUGAUUCCACCAUGUCCCUAAAUAUCAUCACUGUCACACUCAACAUGGAGAAGUAUAACUUCCUGGGAAUCAGCAUUGUAGGACAGAGCAAUGACCGGGGUGAUGGUGGCAUAUACAUUGGCUCUAUUAUGAAAGGAGGGGCUGUGGCAGCAGAUGGCCGAAUUGAACCAGGAGACAUGCUUCUGCAGGUGAAUGAUGUCAAUUUUGAGAACAUGAGCAAUGACGACGCCGUGCGGGUCCUACGGGAAAUAGUCUCCAAACCAGGACCUAUUAGCCUAACAGUAGCCAAAUGCUGGGACCCUACUCCCAGGAGUUAUUUCACCAUCCCCAGGGCUGAACCAGUGAGGCCAAUCGACCCUGCAGCGUGGAUCUCUCAUACCACAGCCAUGACGGGAGCGUACCCCCGUUACGGUAUGAGCCCCUCCAUGAGCAUCACCACAUCUACCAGCUCCUCACUAACAAGCUCAAUUCCCGAGUCGGAAAAAUUAGAAGAAUCUCCCUUAACUGUGAAGAGUGACAUGGCUACUAUUGUCAAGGUUAUGCAGCUACCAGACUCGGGCCUCGAAAUUCGGGACAGGAUGUGGUUAAAAAUCACCAUCUCCAAUGCAGUGAUAGGAGCAGAUGUGGUUGACUGGCUUUACACACACGUGGAAGGCUUCAAAGACCGCCGGGAGGCUAGAAAGUAUGCCAGCAGCAUGUUAAAACAUGGCUACCUCAGGCACACUGUGAACAAAAUCACCUUCUCUGAGCAGUGCUAUUAUGUCUUUGGAGACCUCUGUGGCAAUCUGGCUGCACUGAACCUGAACAACGGUUCUAGCGGAGCCUCGGAUCAGGACACUCUCGCUCCACUUCCACAUCCUGCUGCUCCCUGGCCAUUAGGCCAAGGAUACCCAUACCAGUAUCCUCUGCCCCCUCCAUGUUUUCCACCAGCAUACCAAGACCCAGGCUUUAGCUAUGGUAGUGGCAGUGCAGGGAGCCAGCAAAGUGAAGGAAGCAAAAGCAGCGGCUCGAACCGAAGCACCAGCGAGAACAGCAGGAGAGGCCUUGGCAGAGACAAGGAGCGCAAGUCGGGCGGCAGCGGCAGCGAGUCGGAGCACACGGCCCGCAGCGGCGCGCGGCGCGACAGGCCCGGCAGCCAGCUCAGCCAGCGCAGCCACGGCUCCGCCGCCCACAGCGACAGGAGCCACCACAGCCAGCACUCCUACGGGCCUCCCGGGGUGCCACCCCUCUACAACCUCCCCAAACUGGGCUCCAAAGUCUACGGGACGAGCGGCCCGCCCGGAGGGCCCCCCGUGAGGGAACUGAGCUCCGUGCCGCCGGAGCUGACGGGCAGCCGACAGUCCUUCCAGAAGGCCAUGGGCAACCCUUGUGAAUUCUUUGUGGACAUCAUGUGAGAGGAAAGUGCCUUCAGACUCUGCUGGGGGAAGGGAUUGUUUGAGGGGCUGGCUGGGUCACUUGGUUGGCCUCCAACACUUGGUGGAAGGGACUCGGCUGUGUUGCGUGUCCCAGCCUCCUGGUUUGCAGGUGUGUUGCAGAAAAAGUAAGAAGUAUGCUAAAAAAAAGGAAAAACAACCCACAAAACUGAUCCAGCCCUCCCCCCUGGGAUUGUUAAAUAUCAGCAAAUCCAUGGCAUCUUUUCCUUCUCCCUUUUCCCUUCCCUCCCUCUUGUUUUUGAUGGUGGAUGGCUGGUGUAUGUUCACAUCUUAACAAGCUUUGGUAACUGUGGCACCUGCUUCAAUGCAAUGAGUGUCUGUUUGAUGGCUGGUUCAAAGCCUGUUCUUUCACGACUUCUAAAUUUCCAGUAAUGCAUAGGAGCACUUUUUCCCUCCCCCCCCUCCUCUUACAAGGCAAAAUGAGGGUUGGCUGGUGUCUGUGCUACUGCCCUGUGAUGCUGUUUGUUGCGUGCAUCAGUCAGCACUCGACGUGGCCACACAACACGUGCUUGGGAAGGAGCAGGCUCAGACCAGUUCCCAGCAGAAGGCAAAGCUGUGGCUACCAGCUUCUGCUGACUAGGGAGUGUAAAUCAAUCUGUCUUUCCUUUUCCUUGGGUUCUUUUUAAGACGUUGUUCUAUCAAGGGAGCGCUGGGGCCUUGCUGCUGUGUGUGUUCAGUGUGCAGAGCUUGUAAAGCUGGUUCAUGUAGUGUCAGGACGCUGACUGUGUAGCUGCUGCCUGUUCUGGGGCAUUUCAGCCACAUCCCUGCUGACAGAUGUGCCUGUUUCUUUUGCUUAUAGUGCAAGUAGGCUUGUUUGCAGGCUUUAGAAGUUUCCACAGAGAUAGGACAGUUGCUGCUGUGUGGUUCUGAUUGUGUUGCUGCAGCUUUUUCUUUUCUAAGGGGAUCUUGAUCCCGUUCUAGCAGAGACGUAGGUAAAUCCUGGCUCCCACUGGGACCUGGCUGUUCAUUUUGAUCACCUCUUUGUCCAUUCUUAAUUUCUGAGCAGUAUCUUUCUCCUGAAAUAGAAACCUGGAGAUGUCUGAUCCCCAUUGCAUUGUUACCCCAGGGAACGUGUUCUGAGCACAGGUUGGGGCUCGCUGGUAGCAGAGAGGUGAGAGGGUGAGAACAGCUCAUAAAUGGUACAGUGAAUGAAGCUUUAUACCUGACACAGAGCGAGACCCAGGCUAAAAGCUCCUGCUGGGAGCUCUGACUUAAGCAACUGCUGUUGUAUAUCCCCCAAGAUUUCAUGACUGUGUAUUUUUCUCUCUAAGGCUAUGGAUGCUUGAUAAAAUACAUUCAGGAACCUUCACUGAUGUUUAAGAAGCUUUUUGAAAGUACCUGAAUCAGGGCAUGGCAAGAGCACACCCACACUCUGUUCUGGUGGCUCCUUUCAUGGGAUGUAUGUGUUAGGCUGCAGUCACUUAGUGGCAUUUGACCAUGGGGCCAUGCCUCAGUGAAAUCCUCUCUUGUGAGACACCUGCUUCUGGCAGGUUUUAGGACAGGUGCUUUAAAAUCAGUCCUUACUGUACAUAAGCAUUUUCUUCACUGGUAAGAAGCUUCUUCUUGUUAUGUUCCAUGCUUUAUGGAUAGUGUGAAUAUCCAAAAUGAAUGUCAAAGGAGAACGUGGCUUUCUCACUGUAUCCAUGUAUAUAGCAUAGAGUAUAUUCAUGUUCCUUGGUCACCCUGAGAAGUUACUCUUCAAACUGUCCAUUUUGUAUGUUGCUCUUUCUGAUGGGUAUUUUUUUCACUCCUUCUUUUCUUAUUCCAUGUCUGUGUGCAAACACGUCCCUUCUCCAAAAGCCUGAGGCACGUUUUCCAACGCCUGUGUUUCACUGGAGACUUAAGUCUCACUUUCAGAAGGGAGCUAGGCCUUUAGGAAACUGUGUCACUCAGGCUAGGCACUUCAGUCACUGGGCUUCUGAACUAGCUGAGGGCUUUUGGACAGUUUUCUUUACAGAAGCCUCCCAGGACACGUACAUCGGGUUCCUGAAAGCGGUGCUGUCAGCACGGUCCAUCCCAUGGGCUAGCGGAGAUUGCAGAGUUGGUGGUGGCUUCUUCAAAAGAACCACACCACCCAAAGCUUGACUGUCUAACAGUAUCCUUUCUUUUCCUUCCCUCCUCCCAGUAACACAGCAAAGAUGCAAACUAACUCAGUACAAUGUUUGGAAAGGUUGAUGUUUCAAGCGAGGGAGUAAGUCAGGGUAAAAUAACGCUGUGAUUCUGCUGUGUCUCCAGCAGACACUGGUAAGGAGUCUUUGACUCUACUGACAAUCACUAGUGGUUCUCCUUUUACAUGAAUUUGAGCUUUUCUGGUCCCUGAUAGGAUUUUUCUGUCCCACUUUGUUAAGGCAGAACUUACCAGGGCUGGAGGAGAUGACUCAUUUCAAUAAGAUAUUUCCAAGCUGAGGGCAAAGAAACCUGUUUCAUUUCCUUCUGGCUUUUCAAGAGUUGCAGUUUACACAUCUGAUGGGUUGGGCUUUUUGUCUUUUUAUGCUGUUGGCAGAAACUGUGUCUUGCUGGUCUUUGCUGCUAUGUUGAAACGACUGUGUUAUAUACUUGGUGUGUGUGUGGGUAACUCUGGAAUGAGGCUGCCAGUCCAUAGCAUAGGUGUGGGAAAGCAUUUGUCUGCAGAGGAAAUCAGACUGCUAAACACAGCCUGAACUAGCUUCUCCCACAAAGGAGCAUCCAUUUCAGGCAGAUGCUGGGUGUAGUGGUUAAUACUGUAGAGCUUGUAGAACCUGCCAUUUACAAAGAGCAGUAGGAGAAUGUACAUGACCCUUCUGUGAACAGUGCAAUACAUAAUGGCCACGGUGUGUAAAACAAAAGCUUGGUUUCCCUGCCUUGUGGUGUACAGCAGAGAGGCUGCUUGGAGUGAAUGGAAAGUUAGGCCUGAAACAUUGCUAGCUCUUAAUUCUCAGAAGUGAACAAAGACAGGAGAUUUCCCAGAUCCCUCCUUGGCUUUCAGUGCAUGUGCAUGUGUCUUUGCUACAAGGGAGCCUUGGGGCCUAACUGCAAGUUUCUCCUGUUGGGUACAGUACUACCUGCAGAAAGAAGUGCCACUGAUGCCAAUGAAACUACUCACAAUAGGAAAGACUGUGCCAGAUGGAGGUUUGAAGGCUGGAGUCCUGCAGAACUCUCUGUUUCUCUCACCAGGGGCUGAAAUUGUUCUCUGAUUUUAAUGUCAAGUAACUGGCACUGGCUGGGCUCUGGAAUGCAUGACCUGUGCCUCUGACAACAGUGAGAGGUUAUGGGUUGGCUCUGUAGGGCAUUGAAACAACCUCAUAACAGGAGCCUUAAGUAGGUGACAUCAUCCUGGAAGUGAGACCCUCGACGUGUGCUUGUGCUGUGCAGCUCACUGUUCAUGCAUGCCUGCCAAGAGCUUUGAACAAGGACUAACAGGUAUGUUUGGAAGCUGAUGUCUCCUGUCCAAAGGAGGUAGAUCUGUAGGGGUAGUGUACCCACCUGGUGUAUGAACUCUGAGGAGUAAGGUUUGUUGGUAAAUAGUCUUAAAAGCACUGCUACUGUCUUUUACCUCCUGUUCAUAAAUCUACUUUUCAAAGGUAACAGUCCCCUGGACACUUUAUCCAAAGGUAUAUUGGAUGGCAAGCAAUGAUGCACAGACAUUGACUUUGGACAUUGUUUUUGUUCUGUUCAAAUGGGCAGUCCCAGCUGGAGACUUGACAGCUCAUGAGUUGAUGUAAUUGUUUUUGUUUUUGCAUUGAACUGGAUUGUAAUAAGAUUGACUUAAAGUUAUUAAUUCUAAUCAGUGAUUAGAAAUACAUGUAAAGAAUUUUAUGUACAGUAGAGGAACAAAGUUACAUGAUUUUAAAUAAUGAAACCCCAGACUAUCACCUAUCCUAGAACUGGUUCUACUCAAAGAGUGACCUCUGACUAGCAUGGACUGCACUGUUCCUGUUAAAUGUCUAUUGCCUAAUUGAGUUCUUUUUUGUAGAUAUUGUAUUAAAACCCAAGUGUCUGUAUAGUUAAUAUAUAGCUGCUUAUGUGUAAAUGCUAUUUUAAACACUAAAAA